UUAUCUCAAGGCAGGGGAGAAAACAAGCUGCAAACUCUUAGCUACUCUUGAUUUUUUCACUCCAGUUCUCAAAAGGCACUUCCAGGAUAGAAUUUCUCAUGCUUCUACAAGUUCAUCAACAAGGUCUCAAAUCCCAUCAAGAACGCUGGGUAUUGCAAUUUGUGGAAGAGAACUUCAGGAGUUGUUGAUGCAAAUACAUAACUUCAGAAAUGUUCCUCUAAAAUCUCCAUAGAAGUAUAGGUAUAGGAAUUGGUUUCUGUGUAUUCCAUUAAUUUCAAAGUGAGUUAGGUGUAGAAGUUACAGGAAAAUGAAUGAAGAAAACACACUUUUGGAUCGGAUAAUUUUUAAUCCGGUUUUGUGUGAGAACUGGAAAUACAUUAUGGAAGGAGCAGCCUAUCACCUCGCUAGUUUGUUCCUCCUCCUUGGCUAUAUGGGAGGUAGUGGAACCUUUGGUGCCAUCUAUAUUUUUGGGUUGUUGUUCAUUGGCUUUCUAUGCUCUGUCGUAUGGGGAUGGCUCAACGCUUGUGGAUUAGACAUUAUCAUUUGGAAUGUACUUUUAUUUUUGAUCUGCUUGUUUCAGCUAGCACAUUUAAUUUACCAACUCCGUAAAGACACUUUUUCUGAAGAAUUUGAUCUCCUGUACAAACAAAUUUGCCAGCCUUUGCAAGUGCCUCUCCAAACUUAUAAAGAAAUAAUCAAGUGCUGUGAAGAACAGGUCUUGCCUUUGGCCAAAGAUCAAACCUAUGCUGUGGAGGGCAAGACAUCCAUAGAUCGUUUGUCCUUCUUGCUGUCUGGCAGGGUUAAAGUAAGUCAGGAUGGACAGUUUUUACAUUAUGUUUUCCCAUAUCAAUUCUUGGAUUCUCCAGAGUGGGAAUCAUUACGGCCUUCUGAAGAUGGAACAUUUCAGGUAACUUUGACAGCCGAGAUUGACUCCUCUUUUAUCACUUGGCAAAGGAAAAAGCUCUAUUUGCUUCUGGCUAAGGAGCGCUAUAUUGCCCGUCUCUUUUCUGUCCUCCUUGGCUAUGACAUCUCAGAAAAGCUCUAUGCCUUGAAUGAAAAGCUUUUUGCUAAGUUUGGCCUUCAGUUUGACAUCCGCUUACCCAGCCUCUAUCAUGUCUUAGGACCUGCUUCAGACACAGAGGUGGAAAAGGCAGAGUAUGAAGAACCAGUAAUGCCUGUAGGUGGUUCACCUGCAGUUGGCCAAACAGCUCCUGUGGUUCCUUGCACUGUGUCUCAUUCUACUCAUCCUAGGAAAUCUCGGCCUGACAGUGACCUGUCUGCUUUGGGAAACCACCUGAGGACUAAUCAUCCUGCCCUUGCAAAAGGACAAGCCCCUCUGGCUCCAACUCAGACCCCAGAACUCUAGAGAACUGCUAUUGGGAAUCCAAGACCUGCAUGAAGCAAUAAGAUCACUAAUCACCAAUCAGGAUAGCCUUCAUUAUUUGUGUGUCAAAACAUAUAUAAAAUUUCUGUCCAUAUGUUGCACCAUGAAAGAUAUGCAUAGACUAGAGAGGCAGUGAUGGAAUAUUUGCCAGAGUUUAUCAGUCUGCUCUGGCACCUGGAUGUUUGUAUUCUUGAACACUUGAUAUAUGUUAAAUAUAUUACAUAUCUUGGAAUUAUGAUGGUAUAAUUAAGUGAUGGAACAUGAUGGAUGUUCUCUUCUUUCACAAAUCAAAGAAGGAAGAAAACAAAUCUUUCAUUUGUUCCUUCCAUUUUGGCUAUCAUUAAUGUGCUUGCCAAUGUGAGGAGUCAUUCUUCUCACUAAAGCUAUAUUCUUCACAAAGGCAUCCCACAAUAACACAGAACUUAAAUAUUUAACUUUCCACCCCCAGGUUGAGAGUAGCUUCCCGGAAGAUUCAGUUGGUAUAAUAUGCAACAAAUAGGCUGCCUUCUGGUGUAUAAUACUACAUACAUAUUAUAACUGUAAUGCAAGAUCUGCACUUUCAGGGUAAAGUUUAAAGAUUUGCUUCUAAACUUUAAACAGUUCACAACUUAACUACCUAGAGACCACAGGAUGAAUCAAUUGAGAAAGUAACAUCAACUGGAGAAAUUCUCUUGAAGAUGCAUCUGCUUUCCAAGCUCUAUUUACAGUAUUAGGCACAUUUAAAGGCCUCUAUUUAAAGGCUUUCCUUUUGCUCCCAAUUGGUCUUCAGAAAGAGUCAACACAUCUAUUUCCAAUUUGGGCUAGUUUAUAGUGAUCUAUAUAGUGAUUUGUAAUAUUUUAAGUGUUGGCUUUUAAUUGUUACUUUAGCUGCUUUGGCUAACGUAUGGAGAGAAAAUCACAAUAUAAAUUAAUAUAGCAACACUGUCUUCCCUCUUCCUGCAUAGGAUAAUAUACUAACUGUAGGGAUUCAAUGAAUUGAGAGGAUGAAGCAUAUAGUAUAUGCCACUAUUAGUUUCAAUAAUCCACCCAACUUGCAUGACAGAAAUGAAGUUGAAAUAAAGUGAAGUUGCUUUUCAAUAGCAUUGUCCCCAGUGACAUCAAGUUCUCUUCAGAAAGCACUGGUGUGAUGAAAAGACUUACAAAGUGACUCUUGGAAGCCCAAGUGAAUGGAAAGUUAAAUCAAAACUUUAUUGUAUACAUUAUUAAUGAGAGGCAAAGGUUCUACUGUUAACAGUUUGGAGGUGUUGUUUUAAAACCCACAAAAACAUAUUUACAAAAUAAAAUUAAAAUAGUGAUGCCAAGUUCGGUAAUUAA